AUGCGGAAUUCGCGAUUUCACGGAGACAAUUCUGGUUCUCUCCAGAAUAAACGGUGGGGAUCAGUAGCGUUGAAUUGUGUCGUGUCGUUUUUCGUAAGACUCUUUGCGAAUAUACAGAGAGUUUGGCGUAAGUUUGUAUCAAUGGGUAUGGGAAACAUUUACAAAAGACGAGUGAAAGUCUUCUCAGUAGCUAUCAUCAUUUACCUCGAUUACAAGGGUGUCCAGCAAAGAGAGAAGUGGAUAAAGAAGUCCAAAAUUCCUGCUUUGUGGGAUAAAGCUCAUGAUCGUAAUGCCAAGCGAGUUUUGAAUUUAAUUGUGGAAUUGGAAGGACUCUGGGUUAAAUUAGGACAGUAUCUGUCGACACGUGCCGAUGUUCUUCCUCAGGCUUAUAUAACUCUUCUCAGGCAGUUACAGGACUCGCUCCCUCCUCGUCCGUUGCAGGAGGUUUGUCGAACCAUUGAAAGAGAACUGGGGGAUUCAAUGGAAGUUCUGUUCACCUAUUUUGAUAAAGAACCUUUAGCAACUGCUUCGAUAGCACAGGUGCAUCGUGCAACGCUAGCCAAUGGCCAGGAUGUGGUUGUCAAAGUUCAACAUCAUGGCAUUAGAGCGAUUAUUUUGGAGGACUUGAAGAAUGCAAAGUCCAUCGUUGAUUGGAUUGCUUGGGCAGAACCACAGUACGAUUUUAACCCUAUGAUUGAUGAAUGGUGCAAGGAAGCUCCUAGAGAACUAGACUUCAAUAUUGAGGCUGAGAACACUAGAAUCGUAUCCAAGAAUCUUGGAUGCAAGAAGACAAACGAUGAAGUUAGAAGUGACAAUCGGGUUAAUGUCUUAAUUCCGGAUAUAAUUCAGUCGUCUGAGAGUGUACUGAUUCUUGAGUACAUGGAUGGAAUUCGUUUGAAUGAUAUAGAAGCUUUAGAUGCUUUUGGUGUGGAUAAACAAAAGAUCGUUGAAGAGAUCACUCGUGCUUAUGCUCAUCAGAUAUAUGUUGAUGGAUUUUUCAAUGGCGACCCUCAUCCAGGAAACUUUCUUGUUAGUAAGGAAGCACCACAUCGUCCUAUUUUGCUUGAUUUUGGCCUUACAAAGAAACUCUCACACCCCUUGAAGCAAGCACUAGCCAAGAUGUUUCUUGCAUCUGCAGAGGGAGACCAAGUGGCGCUUUUGUCUGCCUUUGCAGAAAUGGGACUGAAGCUCCGGCUUGAUCUGCCAGAUCAGGCAAUGAGUGUGUCAAGUCUCUUCUUCCGAUCUUCAACUCCAUCAGACGAAGCUCUUAAAACAAUGAAAACCUUAAACGAUCAGAGAAAGCAAAAUAUGAAAGUUAUACAGGAGAAGAUGCAGCUUACCCCAAAAGAAGUUAAACGCUUCAAUCCGAUAGAUGCAUUUCCGGGUGAUAUUGUUAUUUUUGCAAGGGUCAUUAAUCUACUCAGAGGACUUUCAUCCACUAUGAAUGUUCAGAUUGUUUAUCUGGAUAUUAUGAGACCAUUUGCCGAAUCUGUUCUGUUGGGGAGUAUCAGUCGAGGACCAACUGUGGAUGCUCAUUGGAUACAUGACUCGCCAAUCCAUUCUGAUGUAGAGUCCAAACUGAGGAAGCUGCUCGUUGAGCUUGGGAGUAUCCAGAAAAUACUUGGAAUUCAGGUAUGUGCCUACAAAGAUGGGAAAGUCAUUAUUGACACUGCUGCUGGAGUGCUUGGAAGAUACGACCCUCGUCCUGUUCAACCUGAUAGCUUGUUUCCCGUCUUCUCUGUGACGAAAGGUGUCACUGCCGGAAUGAUACAUUGGCUUGUCGACCAAAGAAAGCUGAACUUCGACCAGACUGUGGGAGAUAUAUGGCCAGGGUUCGGAUCAAAUGGAAAAGAGUCCAUAAAGGUCCAUCAUGUGCUUAACCACACAUCUGGACUGCAAAAUGCCUUUGACCCUGUAGGAGAAAAUCCUCUGCUUAUCUGUGACUGGGAUGAAUGUUUGAAACGGAUUGCUAUUUCAUCUCCUGAAACACAGCCUGGUACUCAGCAGCUUUACCACUAUCUCACCUUUGGAUGGCUUUGUGGUGGAAUCCUCGAGCAUGCUUCUGGAAAGAAACUCCAGGAGAUUCUUGAAGAAUCCAUUAUAAAACCCUUAAAGCUUGAUGGAGAGCUGUACAUUGGAAUUCCACCAGGCGUGGAAUCUCGGCUUGCGACAUUGACCGUGGACACCGAAGAACUGAGCAAUCUUUCGUCCAUUGCCAAUCAGCCUGAGCUUCCUUCAACAUUUCAGCCUGAGAAGAUCUUACAAAUGGCAACCAGCUUGCCAGUCUUGUUCAACACAUUGAACGUGCGCAGAGCCAUUAUCCCUGCGGCUAACGGACAUGUCUCGGCUCGUGCCCUUGCACGGUACUAUGCAACCUUAGCAGAUGGCGGCUUAGUGCCACCUCCACAUUCCUCUCUAUCUCAGCCACCACUUGGCAGCCACCCUCAUGUCCCAAAGUUCUCAUCUCCAAAUGAUACAAUGAAAAAGAAAAAGGGUAAAGACAUUGCAGCAGCUACAGAGAAGCUUAAACCAAAAGAUCAUGAGAAGAGACUUUAUGAAGAGAAGCAGUUUACGAAAGCUGGUCGUGGCAGAGAGUCAAGUGCAGAGAGUUUAGCUAGGCUAGUCAAUGAUACUAGUAGUUCUGCUGGCAAAACUGAGAUAAGCAGCGAUGAUCAUCAAGAUGAUAUUCGCAAUAUUUUUAGCAACCCGAGGAUCCAUGAUGCUUUUAUGGGUGCUGGAGAUUACAGUGGCUUAGUAGUCCCUGAUGGGAAGUUUGGACUUGGUUUUAAGCGUGUCUAUGCACCAGAUGGGUCUCUGGCUGGCUUCGGACAUUCAGGAAUGGGAGGAUCAACAGGCUUCUGUGACAUCAAGAACAGAUUUUCAAUUGCGAUAACACUGAACAGGAUGUCUCUAGGAGGUGUUACUGCUAGCGUUGUCAAGUUGGUUUGCUCAGAGUUAAAUAUCCCAUUGCCUAAGGACUUCUCAAUGUCAAGUGCUAUGGGUCCAGAUUUGGAGAUGGGUGCUCCUCUUAUCAACUAA